AGAUUUCAUUCAUCUCCUUUGCUGUCACAUGUGGAAAGAUUUAAGUGCUGCUGAACAUAUUUGAACCAUCCAAGUCUAAAAGCUUUAAGAAAUUUGAAACCAUGAUGAAUUUCUGUCAGAAGAAUAAAGUGGAUUUCUCAAAUGACAAUGAAAUGUAUAAGACAGAAGAAAGCCUACUCAAAUGUACUAAUCCAGAUGAAAAGAGAGAAAAGAAUCAUGUUUAUUGUCUUCUUGAUAUAAGUGACAAUAUACUUGAGCAAGAGCAAAAUAUAAGAUCCAAGGAGUUUUUUAUUGGCACCGGAUGGGAGGAAGCAGUACAAGGCUGGGGUAUGGCUUCUCCAACUGCCUGCAUUUGGGCAAGAAAGAAAUGCAAAAAACCAAGGGCAGGAGAAUGUGUUAGCAGCUGCUUGCUAUGUUUAAAUAUGUUACAAGUCACUGACAAAAACAUGAUGCCUUUUGCUGAGCCAGCCAAGCCCGAGGUGAAACUGCAAGCCAGCACACCGGUCCUUGUGAUGACAGGAAAGGAAGAGGCCACUCCCCCAAGCCAGGAUAUAGCCAACUGCACAGAAAGUCUGUCCAAGGAAAUCAGCAAAAUCUGCUUCCCAACCCCUAAUCAGGGGGAACGGAAGAGCCUGCAAGUAAAGGAGUUUGUUUGGCACCCAGAGAAGUGGUUUGCACCGGACAGUUUCAAGGAUGUCAGAAGGCCAGAAAAUGCUGGUGUCCACUCAGACAAAGAUAGCACUGCUUUGGAGUCUCUGACUUCUAAGUCUCUUUUAGUUCUGCCUCCCCUCAAAGCAUCUUCCAGAAAUAACCUGGAUGUCAUUGUAAAGAGGAGUAAAAGCAUUUUCACUAAUUCAGAAGAGAAACUGCCCAGUUCAGAUAAAGCUGAGAAUAUUUCUUGUAUUUACGGAAACAAGACUUUUGAUCACAAAGGAGAAAAGAGACUUGUUGAAACAAUAAGGUGUUCUGUGGACAAGCAUAUUAAGUUAAAUGAUGCACCUUCCUUUUCUCCACAAAUUACAAGGACUUUAUUUCCUGAGCCUGAGCAAUGCUGUUUGCACUGGUCCUUCCUGCCGGAGAAAGAUUUGACAUCCAACCCUAAUUCAGUUAAUUCCAAAAAGUUUAGCCAUCUUGCUACCUUGCGGCUGAUGGAAAAACAGGGAAUGCAGAAUGGUAAAGUCAAAAUCAAAAAUGAGUUAAGACCUCCUGUUAAUAUCAGAAAGCGAAAUUUCCUUGAGGCCAAGCGAGAAAACCGGUCUAAAACUGUGGAGGCCAAGGUUUUUUCAGGUCCUAUGUUGCCAUCUCUAACUGUGAACAGAGUUGUAAUCCCCAUGUUGCCUUAUAGACUCCUAUAA